AUGCCUCACCUGCAGGUCCUUGUGGAGACAUUGCAACGAGGUGCCACCACCCUAGAGGGUAAAGAGGAGGAGCUGGCAAACCUGUCUUUUGUGAUUCUGUCUUUCUUGCUCAAGGAUUACCAAAUGUGUGAUUCAUCAAAGCACAACAUAAUGCAAGACACUACUGCUUCUAUCAAAGUUGACCAGAAAAUGCUUCUCUCAGUUACCCAUGACAUGUUGUGGUUUGCCAGUGAACUUUCUGUGGAAGAUGUACACGAUCCUUUCCUCGUUAGUGUUCAUAUUAUCACAGAUCCAGGUGAAUCCAAGAUUCUCCAACAAGCUAUUGAUAAGUUGUUAGCUUGGAUCCAUCCAGACCUCCAGCUAUUCCGAGUUUCAGAAAGACGGAUUGCGAGGAAGCGCAGGAAGUCUAUCAAGGCUGCUGUCUCUCAGCCAGCCCUUGCUGUCAUCUUGUUUCUGCAGGAGGACUAUGGAGAAGAACCAAUUUUGCAGCUCCAUGAAGCUUUUCAAAGACCACCAUGGCAUUAUCACCAUAGAGAACAAGUGCAUGGCAAGUUCCUUCCAUACUUACCAUGCAGUCAGGACUUCUUUACUCUGGCCCAAGGGACCCCGCUGUGGGCCAUCCGGCCGGUGCAUUAUGGGAAAGAAAUUAUCCGUUUCACCAUAUACUGCAGAAAUGAGAACUUUGUUGACAUGUUGAAGCUGUAUGAAUUAAUCCUGAAAAGACCAGUGUGUCAGAAAAAGGCAGAUUUCUGUGUCUUUACUGUCUAUGCCAACAUGGAUAUAGACAUUCAAUUCUCCUUAAAAAGACUCCCCAAAGGCCAGAUUCCAACACUGACAGAGUCCGCAGUACUGGAGUUCCGAGUAAAAGAUGUUGGACAGCUUGUUCCUCUCUUGCCAAAUCCUUGUAGCCCCAUCAGUGAAGGCAGGUGGCAAACAGAAGACCAUGAUGGGAAUAAGAUCCUUUUGCAGCAAACACGCACUUGCUAUACAAGGUCUACUAAGCAGAACAAGCUUCAGUACCCAUCUUCAUCAAGGGACUCCCACUUCACUCCUUCGCCAGCCUUCAUACCUCACAGUCCCAGGCCUGCUGCUAACCAAAAUAAUGAGCAUCCCCAGAGAGCUGGUCAAAACAAGCCACAUCAUGUAAAUGGUCUUGGGGCCUCCCAGCAGGACUUGAAAAAUGUUGACCAAGGAGACUUCACCCAAAUCUCCAAUGGUGCCUCCAGCACCUCAUGGUCAUUUCAGCGAAGCAAGUCUCUCUUCUGCCUGCCCACAGUGAGCUCCUCUCCAGGCUCAGAUUUUCUUCACUUCAGUGAACCAUCCCAGAUUUUACGUACCGGGUCACCUGUAAAUAGAUUAAAAACAUGGAGGUGCAGCCCCAAACUUAAUAUAGAUGACCUGGAAGGGGUGCUGGAGACUGAUGUGGACACAGGGAUGAAGCUGUCCUUUUCAGAUCUGUCCGUGGUCUCUGCAUACUCAGCCCUUAAUGGAUUUUGCAGUGAUUUGGAAGCUUCUCUUCCCCCACAAAGGCGAAGGGUCAGUAAAUCCAAACAGGUGCUCUCCAAAGGAAGGCCACUCUCAUUCAUGUGCAAUACCCUGGAGUUUUCUGGUGGUUCACUUCCUUCUCUUUCUGAGUGGUCUUCCGGCUCCUUCAUGUCACAUCCAGAAUCCCCCUUAGCAUCUCACUCCCAGCUCAAACAGUCGCUGAGAACAACCCCUUGUUCUCUGAAUGGCAAUAAACCACCUGGAGGUAUGCAGCCAGGUCCUCCAGCUAAUGAAGAAGAAUUCUACAUCUGAGCCUUCUCUGUACUACACCCUUCAUUGUAAAUACAUGCAUGUGUGGAUUAUAGCGGUGCACUUCUACCUUCUGAGCAAGCUGGGCAGCUAAGAAACAUCCUUGCUCAUUGCUGAGGGGAAGGUAUUGCACCGAAGUGUGCUAAAUAUCAGAAAGGGUGUCCACACAGCACGGUGAUGGGUGCCUCAGAAACAUGCAUAAUAAUACAGGGUAAGAUUGUGCCCACCAGAUUCAUACUGAUAGGAUGGUCUGCAUUUAGUACUUCCCAUGGUCAGGCUGAUGAGGGGUUUUGUCACUGAUCUUUAGCCUGUGGUAAAGGAAGUGCCAAGAGUGUAAUCCAUCUUUCCCCAGCAAGCAGCUGGAAAGACACUGAAAAGAAAAUGCAGCUAAGAGCUGCAGUAACUUCUCUGAGAAGCACUUGCAGAGAGCCUGAUUUCCUUCUUCCAAGAGGCUCCAGAAUCAGGUAGGCAGACUGGUAGAGUAGCUCCAGUGGAGUCAGACAAAGUGGUUGAAUGCCAAGCAGUUCAGGCCACCUCCUGCUCUCUGGGAAUCUGCAGAUUUGGAGAGAAGCCACUUAUCCAUGCCCUCAGGAAGAAGGAACCCACCACAUGCCCACCCUAGAGGAGUCGGACUGAGAAGAAUCUGGGGUAGCUCUACUCCGCAUCUUCCCCAAAGUGCACCCCAUUGUUUUUUUCUGAUGUGAGGAGAAUGGAUUGUUAGGACUGCAAUGCAGCUCCCUAUUUUGGGGAUCUGUUAUUAUUUUAGAGGUAAAAAUCCAUUUCAUACAGAAGCUUAGCAUGCCUGGUCCUAGCUCAAGAGCAUUUGUGUCUGUGUAAAACACAUUUCUAGCCAGACUUGUAUUUUUAAUUUAUCCAAAGGGGAAAAUACGUACAGUUUUACUGGUUUGGGCUUUCUGGGCUUUCAAGUUAAAGUACUGGCAAGCUAUUCUGGUCUAAUUAUUUUUGGUAUUUAAGGAAAAAAUGUAACUGUAUCAAGCGUUUCAAAUUGCAUCACAUGUCCAGAAAAUAUCUUCCUGUGUUACAGUACUGGAACUGGCUACUGCCCUGACCUAGCCAGUAAGAGAACUUAGGUUAAGGUAGUGCAUAUAUAUGUAUAUCUACAUUUAAUUCAUAGACAAGAACAGUUAAGUAUAGCUGCAGAGUCAUCCCUCUGAUAAAGCAAGUAUAUCAGCAUUAAAGGAGAAAAACUAAGCACCUGGUAUUACUCAGAAGAAUAUCUGGUUUUCAAAGCAAACAUCCUAAAUAAAUAGUUACACAAGAAGACUGGAAUAAUCUCCUAAACUACAUUCUGGUCCCCACAGUAAAUACAUAGUUUAUAACUUCCCACAAACCAUACUUUAAAAAAAAUCCAUCCCCAUAUAGGCUGAGUGAAUUAAAUCCAAAUUUAGUUAUUAUAUAUCAAUUAAAGUCAUUCUCCAAAUCCAUGAAAGACCUGGAAUUCAUGGGCAGGGCUGGAGGAGGGAUCAGACAACUUAAGUCACUGUCCCUUGUUCAUGCUGGUCAAUCUUUUUUUUCUC